AAAGAAUAAAUAUAUUCGUACUGAAAGUUGCUCGUUAUGGUACUUAAAUGAUGUCGCGUGAAUCCGGUUGUGGACUCAGCCCCCUCCUCUUUGGUUGCAGACCAGGAGGUCGCCGAGGAGGACGGGGGUUGGCAGUCCGCAAGCAACAUCGAGUACCAACGAAAAGUACGGGAAUCGAACCAAAAUACAAGCGCAAAUCGAUACGGCGAGACGAUGGUGCAGCCGCAGCACCAAGAGCUGCCGAUAAUCGAUCUCUUAGACAACAUUAACGAUCAGAUGGAGAUAGUCCUGAAAUCGGAGCCGAUCUCGCCGAGGAUGGACGAGCUCGAGUCCUGCCUGCUGUCGAAUCACGCGAUCGAGAGGCAUGCGGAUCUCGAUUCGACGCACGAGUACCGUCACGAUGACCUACGAGAUAAACAGCAGCCGCAAACGUCCGGAAGAUCGUCGAACAACGACGCGUCGCCGUCGCCUGCGUUCGAUCUGCGAUGGCUACGCUCGCGAAACGGCUUCGUGCAGUCGAAGCACGUAGACGCGUCGUCGCGCGCCGCGUAUCACGAACCGGAUCAUAAAUCCUCGAAUCGCACUUACUGCAACUUCUGCCAGAAGACCUUCUCGCGCGCAUGGUCCCUGCAGAGGCAUCUGGCCGACACGCACUUCUACGUGCCGCAAUCCCUGUCUUGCGACCAAUGCGGCAGGAGCUACAAGUCCAGGAACAGUCUGGUCAGUCACAAGAGCCAGUAUCACGCUCGCAAGGAUCGCAAGGAGCACGAGGCGCAGUGCGAAGUCACGUAUUGACCGGCGCUACCGAUCUAGGACGAGCUUCUCCUCCGUCGUAUGUCGUAAAGCACGACGUAUAAAAGAACCAAGAAUACAAUUGUCGCGU